AUGUCUCCGUCUUGUGGAAGAUGCACACAGCGUGAUGAAUACAACUACAAAAAUUUGGAGGACGAAAAUAAACAUUUCUUGGUGCUUAUGUUGGGUGAUUUUCAACAACAGACGAUAAUCCCAAAAGAGUGGGUGCGAUGCCUGAAAAGCGAGAUCCCGGAUGAGAUCAACCUAGAAACUCGAAACAGGGUUAGUUACACAAUCAAGGUUGCCAAGUACCGAGAAAAGCAUGUUCUUACAGUGGGUUGGCCCCAAUUCGUCGAGAACUUCCUUCUACAGUUGGGUGAUUCCUUACUAUUCAGAUACAAUGGAGACUCUCUGUUUAGUAUUGUAAUUUUCGAUAAGCUUGGCCGUGAGAAAGCAUCAUCUGUUCUUGUCGAUCCUUUUCCACCACAAGUCCAAGGAAGACGCAAUGAAAUCAGGUCUGCAAGAAAAAUGAACAUGCUUUGUGAAACAUGUGAAAUCUGGGAUGAACAUCACUAUAUGAACUUGGACGAUGAAAAGAAAUAUUUUUUGAUGCGCAUGAUGGGUGAUUUCCAAGAUAAGAUGAUCAUCCAAAAGGAAUUUGUUCAGCGUUUCAAGGGAGAGAUCCCAGGAGAGAUUGAACUUGAAACAAAGAAUAAAUGUCGAUACAUAAUUAAAGUUAUCAAGAACCAAGAAGAGCAGCUUGUGCUUGCAGCGGGAUGGGGGAGUUUCGUACAGAAGUUUAGUCUAGAGAUGGGUGACAGAAUAAUAUUAUUCGGAUACAAUGGGAACUCCCGGUUCAGUGUCAUAAUCUUGGAUCAACUUGGGCGUGAGAAGGCUUCAUCCGUUGUCGAUCCACUCCCGCCUCGUGCACUCGAAAGGCACACAAAUGAUGCUGAAACCGUGAGCCAACAUCCUUCUGAUGGCCCCGUGGACUGUUCUCCUCCGCUCAUGCUAAUGCCACCGCCUGCUCACUUUGAUGUUCAGCCUCAGCAGCAGGCCAUGCUAAUGCAGCCUCCCCUGAAUCAUUCCUCCUCCUCCAAGUCAUCAGCUGGAGAAGGAGAUGGCUCUUUCUCGUCACAUGAUCAUGUCCGGAAUGCACUUGGUUUCAGGCGUGUUGUUAGAAGAAAUCCAACCUCAUCUCAGAAGCAGCAGGAGAAGGAUGGUUAUAUUACCACGGAUAAGACCAAGCUAACCUCUGCUCAGGAGCAGCAGGUGAAAGACAUGGUCCGGACUAUCCGUUCACGCAGAAGUGGCAUAACCAUCUUUGUUGCUCUGAUUGGCAAGGCCAAUGUUCGUCCAACAUUCUCCCUGACUGUCCCAAUCACGUACGGGGAGGAACAUUUUGGAGAUGGGAAAGUCAUCUGCUUACAGCUAGGCGAGAAAAAAUGGAAUGCGAGCUUCAGCAGUUCGCGCAAUGAUUAUCGGAUCGAAAGGGGAUGGAGUAAGUUUGUCAAGGACAACUGUUUGAACAUAGGUGAUAUCUGCCUCUUUGAGCCGUUGAGCAACCAGGGGAGUACCAUGGAAGUCCAUAUCAUCCAUGUGAAUAAUGGCAAUUGA